GCGGUUCCUUUUUUUCUUCUUCCUUUCACUGCGCAACCUGUGCGCACCUUGUCUGACGGUGUAUGCUGUUAUUAACACUAAAUUGGCGUUUCAGUCAUCGGACAUCUAUAUAUACCUGUUUUACAUAUUGGACUCAACAACAAGAAGGUCAGGAUGGGACACAUGAGUCUGUUCCUGUGGUUAAUAUGGAUCCAGUUCGCACUCAUGAGCGGAGAGCCUCUUUGUAGCAGAACCCUGCGAUUUGUGCCCAGCAGCACUGAGACAGAUGUGUGGGGACACCAAGGCUCCACUGUUGAACUGAACUGCACAGUUCUGAUAAACUACAGCAACAAGAGUGAGUCUGAAUGUAAGGCCCAUCUGCAUUGGAGCAAAGAUGGAGAAUUUCUCCCCAGCACUGGUUCCUUCACCCAGAACACCUCCCAGUGGCUUACAGAUGAAGACCAGCUGAUGAUGAGCAGUGUUCUGACUGUGAACCUGAAGGAAGAAUCCGAUUUUGGUCGCUACUCAUGUGAAAUAUGGAACAGUUCAACUACCUUCAGGCUUCAAAGCACCAUCUUCCCCAGUCACACAGGGGCAGUGUUGGCAUCCCUGGUUUUGUUCAUAAUGUUAGUCUUGGCUGUGUUCGUGUAUUCAAAAUGCCACCUCAACUUCAAACUCUGGUAUAAAAACUCAUAUGGAGAUUAUGAAAUCAAUGAUGGCAAAAUUUAUGACGCCUACAUUUCUUACAUAGACGAUGAGAAUGACCGGAAGUUUGUAAAUUUUAUUCUGAAACCUCACCUGGAGAAUAAGUAUGGGCACAAGUUACUCCUUAACAAUACAAACAUCCUCCCUGGAACAGAGCCAUCUGCAGAGUUGCUUAUGAACAUAAGUCGCUGUCGGCGGCUCAUCGUCGUGCUGUCACAGGCCUAUGUACAGCAGGAGUGGUGCACUACCAACUUCAGACAGGGCUUAUUUCAUCUGCUGGAGCUAUCAGAGAAGCCCAUCUUCAUCGUCUUUCAGUCUCAACAGAAGCAUGUGAGUGCAGACAUCAUCACGCAACUAGGAAAUCACCAGGCACGAAUCACGACUCUCAUCUGGGGAGCACAUUCCAUUGCCCCAUCAUCUGGAUUUUGGAAGGCACUAGCCUUGGCCAUGCCCCGUAAAGUGGUGUUCCACAGUGAGUUGCCAGGAGACCCUCAGACUCUGCUCCAGGGGGAUAGGGACCCAAUGCUCACCAUGCAGCCAGACUACCUGGACUGCAGACCCGAUCCAGACCCUGCAGGAGAUCUGGGCUUACGCUUCCCCAUCUAUAAAGCAAUGUCCAGGGACCAAGUUCCCCCACCAGCAUCUCAUCCAGUGACUGAAGCCAACACGUCUGAGAUCGAUGUAUCUGACCUGGGCUCCAGGAGCUAUGCUGCCCGAACAGAUUUUUAUUGUCUGGUUACUGAUGAUAUUUGAACCUGGAACACACACACCUUUUUCCUCUUUCACUCCAAUGAGUAAUGAGCAGAACAGAAGCUCUAGUCUAUUUCUGUGGUCACUCUUUGUUUGUGUUUCCAAAAAAAAAAAAAAGUGUUUUAGGAAAGCAGAACUGACCAGAUUGAUUAGAAGAGCUCAAGUCAUUUACAAGGGUUUGAGUUUAUAUAAACUCAGCACACAACAUCCAAGUCAUAACCCUUUAAUCUGAAUCUGUGCAAUUUCAAAUGUUUUUAUAUAAAAGUCCUAUAUAUAAUAUUACAUUUACUAGCUGGUUAAGCUGUUAGUUCUGGGUUGUUAUGUCUUUAGCUCAAGUAGAGCAAUAUUGUUGAAAUGUUUUGUUUGCCUUUACGUGUCUUGUGCUUUCAGAACACAAGUUACAAGCUAAUGUUGACAUGCACCAUGUUGCUAACGUUUCAUAUUACUUGAUGUAUAUAGCUUUUAUAUUUGUAAAUGCUUCAAUUGAAUGUUUCCAAUUAAAUUCCUUUUGUAGGCCAUUUGUUGUGAAAGGGAAUUUCAGGUUCUGCUUGUGUUAGCCUGCAUGGCAAAGUACAACAAGGCACCAAAUCCUAAAGGCCAACCGCAGCCAUGAUUUACAUAUUGACUUUUAAGAACCAAUAGUAAAAGUGUGUGCCAGGCUUCAUUUGAAUUAUAUUUACAUUUUUGACACUGCAAGCCUGUGUGGGUCUGUGUACAGUCAUGUGCAGUGCAUGAACAAUUACAUCUUUUUGAACACAUCUUUAAA